UACCCAUUUCGGUGUCGCGGAGCAAAUCUCCUGGCGACAUAUCUAGCAUUGCUCCUCACUCCCUCGCUUGCUAGUCUCAUUCGCCCGCCGCGCUGGGGGGGGAGGGGGUGACCUUCCGCAAAUAUGGCUGCCCCUGUAAAGACCCUCUCUGUCAGCGAGCAAAUACAACAGCUCAAUGCCGCACGCAAAAUCGUCCUCGAGAAUGCCGCUUAUUACGAUAGAAUCGUCAAGGGAAUAUUGCCCAUUAUCGGCCCCUCGUCGCCGGUCGAGCUGCGAAGAUGGGGGUCAGAGUUCCUUGCCGAGUCGCUCUCGACCCCGGCACUGUCUCUGCGGGACAAGGAGAACCUGACUGUGUCGAUCCUGGAGACGUUGCGGUCGUUGGUGGAGAGCCCGAACGAGGAUCCUCUAGUGCUGAAAGCUAGUGUCAUGGCAGCCGCCAGUGCUUACCCGGUCGUCGUGAGAUGGAUCAUCCACAACUCUUAUAAUGUUGAAAGUUGGGAACAUAUGACGGCCAUCAAGGCUAGAGUCCUGCGCAUAUGGGACGGAGCUGUGACGCCUGUCAAGCUUUGCUGCAUCAAAUUCGCCCAACGAGUGGUGCUCGCUCAGACGGCCUCCAACGGCAUGGAGCAACAAAAGCAUACCGGGCUCGAUAUCUCUCUCAACAUGAUUCCAUCGAACCAUCCGGUUCUAGACCCUCGCCUCCUUGAGGCUGAAGCAACCGGCCUCUUGGAUAGGAUGCUUGGCGUUCUGCAAGAUAAUAGCAGUGACGCUCUGCUGGUUGAUGCCACACUCAACUGCCUGUCCAUACUUAUCCGGACCCGCCCGGGCACGUCGGCCAGGAUUGUCAACUCCCUGUUCAACUUCAACCCUUUCAAGCUCGCGAACUCGCCUAUGACUCCCAAGAAUAAGGUUCUUGUGAAGUCGAUGGAGAAAACCACUAGGAUGCUUUUCACUCAUUUAGUAAAACGGGAUCCAACUAACCCCCAAGCUGGGCGCCUUCAACAACACGUCGAGAAGCUAGCGCGGUCACGAGCCGAGAUUUUUGACGAUGUGAACCGCAAGCGUGCUUUCGCUGAACAAGCCAACGCUAAUCACGUGGAUGCGAAGAGGCAAAAGACUGAGGCCGGACCGGCUCGGCCUCCGAUUCAGUCUUUGGCUCCCGGGCCACAGAGUCUUGCCGCUGCCUUCACUCUUACGAACAACCUUGGUUUACAAGGAUUCGAUGCGACCCAGGUCCCCGCAGCACUCGCUGCAAGAAUAAGUGUGAAAACGCUUGCAACCAUAGACCAACGUAUCUUGGACCAGGCAGUCAAUGGGAUUCGAAAUCGCUUCGCAGCUCUCUAUGCGGCGGCAGCUCCAGCACAGCCUGUCGUCAUUAACCCUGAAACAGCCCCAUUAGGAGUUGACGAAGAUGAUGACGACUACGAACCCGACUUCUACGCAGCCGAGGAUACCGAGCAGAUCCUUAAUAAACUAGACAGUGCUCCUCCAGAGGAAGUACCCGAGAAGCCUGCCGAUGCCACCUCGUCACUUGCCCUUGGCCCAUUCAGACUACCACCUCCACCGCUGCUAGAUUCCGAGGCCGCGAGCAAGAUAGCUCCGGUAGCCGCGUCUCGUGUUUUCGGCCCCCUGAACAGCCUUGAAGAAGCGCCGCUGCGUAAGAAUAAGACGGGAAUCAACCGACUGGCAGUGACCUCAUACGACCGAGACUCGUGGUUGACCUUAAUUACUCGCCUCGCCACUCGCACCACAGCCGGUCUCGAGGAUCCCAGCAGCGAGAUCAAGGCCGAGGAGUCCACCGGUGCUCUCGACCGGCCUCGCAUGAGCUUUAGCAACGUGAUCCGAGAGUCGUUGUACAACUAUAUUCUUGAAGACUGGCGCCGUCGCAUUGAAGUCGCCGUGGCCUGGCUCUGCGAGGAAUGGUACAACGACCAGCUGACGAAGCGGAGCCGAAGUGACGCCCCCUUGCACUAUGAAAAGUGCGCAUUACGCUUAGUGGACGGCUUCUUGAGUUAUAUCACCGCCCAGGAUAAAGUCCUCACCCGGUUCCUUGCCGAGAUCCCUGAACUGAGUAGAGCUCUGCUAGGGCGGCUCAAGUCUCUGUGUGCAGACCCCACCACAGUUCACCUAGCGCUUACCAGUCUGCUGUAUCUGGUUAUGAUGAAGCCGCCCGUAAGAGAAAUUGCUUUGGAUACCGUGGCGGCUAUCUGGGUUGAAUACGAGGACGCACGCCCCUUGGCUGGAAAAUACCUUGUCAAAUGGCGGCCGGGUUUUAUCGAAUCCCAGACCCAAGCCGCCACCAGCGGCGACGGGCCAUCCAGUGCCAUGAUCACGACAUGAUAUGGCCUGGAGGCACGAGAUGUUCCAAGUGUGCAUGCAUUUG